CCGGAAAAGUAAAUCUUCAUCAUUUCGAUUUUGCCGUUUCUACUCAGUGUCGGAUUCCAAAGUCAUGAGUGAAUGAAAACACUCAGUGUGGAUGACAAUUUGACAAUAUAUCUCAAAUGGUCAGUAAAAAUCAAACGAACAUUCUAAAUAUGGUACUACAUGUGAGCAUGUGUUUUAUGAUCUCUCUAAUGGUUUCAUGGACGGACGCCUAUACGGAAAGCUGCGAUGCCUCUUUGUUGACCAUGAAAAACGUAACUGAAUGUCCGACAGACAAAGAAUCGUAUGAGAAGGCAGCAGAUAUGAAGAACUGCAGCUCUAUUUCUGAUUCAUGCAAAAAAAGAGUCCAGUACCAUUGUGUUUUAAAUUCAGAAUUAAAUGGGUUGGUGGAAGUCUGUGCAACAUCGAUUUAUAUUUUUGAUAAAGUGUGUGCUAAGUUUGAUGAAAAUCUCAAGGGUAUCAUAAGAGUGGACGGUUUGGAAUGUCAGAAUUUUUCGUCGCCAUGUCCAAUAUCUUACAAUUCAACUGAAACGUAUAAAUAUCCUGGGUGUUUUGAUGUUCGUUCAACGACUGUUUCAACCUUAACUACAACAUCUAUGGAAAAUUUAGGAAGUACAAAGAAAAGUGUAAUUCCUGCACGAAAUGAUCGACAAAAGGUAGUUCCGAUAGUUUUUGGUGUGCUUUCUGCACUUGCACUAUUAACUGUGAUCCUGAUUUCCUUUGUUUUUCUUCGAAGAAGAAAGUUGCUUUGUUUCAAAAUCGGGGAAAAUACGGACAGAAUGGCAGAAGAGAAGAAACAAUUAGUACAAUUACCACGGUAUCAAGAAAACAGAAAAAAAGCUAAGGUAAAAGCAGAAGUUUCUAUGGAAGUACAAGACAAGAGGAAAUUAUUGGAGACCGCAGUUAAUUUUCUUAUAGAGAGUUUAAAAAAGCCAAACGAAGGCUGGACAAAGGAAAGCAUCACAGAGCAAGUGGAUAACACAAUUAAUAAAAUUCAGGAAGUUGGGGACAGAGUUCUUUUGAAAACAUUUAUCACAAAAUUGGCUGAGGAUCCAGACAUUCAGAAGAGGUUAAUUCCUUGUGGGGCAGAAAUGUAUCAAUUGCUUUUAUCUGUCCAGGAUAAAUAUGAUGCAACAAAAAGUAUUUUAGAAAAAGGAUGUAUUAGUCUUGUUUUAUAUUUUGAUGAUGAUAACAGCCUUAAAAGAUUUGUAAAUGACUUCAAGACAAGAGAUGUGGAUUUUAUCAAAUGUAUAUCAAAACUUUUACUGAAUAAAAAUUUCUUAAGUAUCUUCCAAAUACAUCCAGAAAUUGUCACGUGGAAAACAUCUACAGUAAAAGUUUUCCAAGGAUCUGAACUGAUGGAAGAACUUAAUCUAGAGAGACCCAUAGUUGGAACAUACAAAGAUUUUACAGAAGAUAUUAUUGAAGUUCAUAUGCAAGCCCAAGUAUCAAAGGAAGUGACACCAAUUUAUCCGUCACUCCCAGCUGCAGCUGAAGCAGAGGCACACAAGGGAAUGAAUACAGCAGGUAAAUUGCAAGAGGAACAAAUUUUGGAUGGUUUUGAUUCGACACCGAAUGCAUAUCCAGCUUAUAAACAUGUCCAAACUCGCGAAAAAUCUUUUGAAGAAUGCAAAGUUGGCAGCAUAAAAGACAGAGCUUGGGACUUUGCAAGAGACGGGUUUUAUUACGAAGGAUAUGAUCUGGAAACAACAUGUUUUCACUGUGGAACUCAAAAGGGUGAUUGGAAAAAAGGAGCUGAUAUUCAUGCGGAGCAUAUGUCAUUAAAUCAAACUUGUGAAUUCGUUAAAUACGUGCAAUUACAUAUUUUGAAGACAAAAUAAAAGAAUAUAACCAUAGCUAUUUUAUCAAUUUAAUUACACCAGUGCUGUUCUUACCGAAAUAAAUUUCAAAAGAGCAUUAUAGUAUUUAGAAUUAAGCUAACCACUUGGACAGUGCUCAUCUGAUUGGAAACUGAGUAAAAAUUGUCUUCGUCAGUUAUGUUUUUCUGUUUAUGGUUAAAUACAUAUGAUUUGAACACUUUGUAAAAUAUUUCAGGGUAUUUUUUUCAGUUUUGGUUAUAUUAUAAUCAAGCUGUGUAAUUAUACCAAAAUGAAAUAAUAUGAAUGUGUUUGAUAGAUGUUUGUAAAUAAGUAGAUAAAUUAUGUUUGUUGAUCUGGGUUAAUCUUUAAUUUUACAACAAAAGUCAAAUAAUUAUACAGUUAAUGUCAUCAUAUUUGAGAUUUGUGUUUUAAGUCAUGAACACUGGAACUAAAUAUUACAAAAAGAUUACCAUAGGAGAAGUGUACUGUUUUUGCUGAUGUUUCUUUGUUAGUAUAUAUGCAAGCUCUCAACUCAGAUUUAUGUUUUAAGUAGUCUUUGGUCAAAUCCAGAAUAUUUUUUUCUUAAUUGGGCACACAAUUAUUACAACUUUUCACUCUUCUACAGUCGGAUACAGGUAUGUUUCUGAAAUUUUUCUUUAGGUAUGUAGUAGAUGACAUGUUAUAGAUAUAAAGGAUCACUUUAUUACUUUUAUGCUAAAAUUAUUAUAAAUACUUACAUUUAUCAUGCUGCAUUUCUUAUAUGGACAUUGAAAUUGAAUUUCUACCUCCAACCCACCCCCAAAUAUAUUGUUAUCACAAUGUAACCUUUCAAAUCGUGAUGAAUGUUGCUUUUGUUGAGUGAAUAGAAUAAUUUAGAUAUAAUAUUUAAUUUGUUAAUUAGUAUUGAAUGUCGAUCGUGUUCUCGUAUUUAGAUGCAGUUUUCCUUCUAAUGCAUUCACUCGCUAUAUGCUUGCUCCUGGGACAUGAACCUUUCUCUGGUGUUUAAAGAGGUCCAUGUUUGCCCUGCUCUCAAUUAUGUAUUGAAUUUUAAUUCUGAUGAUUGUUUAUUGUCUACAUAUUUUCAGUAGGAAAGUUAUUUUAUCUCUACGCGUGACAAUUAAAGUUAUUUUAAGGAGAUGCCAAGUUUGAGAAGCUUAACUUGGUCAGUUAAUGUUGACUUAAUGAGUUUAACAUAUUGGUAUGUGAAGAUUUUUUGUUAAUUUCUAGUCAAUUACCGGUAUUUCAUGUUAAGUCAAAGUCAAAACUUAAAAUUUUAUUCAAGGAAUACAUUAACAUUACGUCUUCAAUCUUUAAAUUAUAUAAAAGUUAAGUGAAAUAUUUCAUAUUCUCUGUUGAGAUACCAGUUCAAAUACAUGUAAAGCGUCUGUAAUAAAAAUGUUUCCUUCUCAAAAGUUUUUAAAGGAAUAAGGCAUUUUGUUUAUUUUCAAUUUCUAGCUCACCUCGACGAAGUCAAGAUGAGCUAAGCUAUACCCAGGCGUCAGCGUUAUACGUUCAAGUUUUACAUGUAGGAGCAAGUCAAUCCCAAUAACAAUAAGCCCUACAUGGACCAAACUUGCAUGGAUGAUGCAUCCAAGGAUCGACACUACCAGACUUGCUUCGGAUGCUGGAUAUGACCAAUAUGAAUGGACCACGUUAAGGUUUUAGGAGCAAGUCCAUUCCUAAGUAACUAUAAGUCCUUCCUAGACCAAAUUCGUAUCUAGGGAAAGAACUUCAGAAGCUGGAUCUGACCUACAUUUUCCAGGUGAAUGAACAAAUAUAAUUUUUUGGAGCAGACCGAUUCCCGAGUAGCUAUAUGCCUUACUAGUACCAAACUUGUCGCCCAAUUGGCGCAAUGGUUAGAGUGUUUGCUCUAGAGUUGCAGAGUAAGGAGUUGGUCCUUACGUGGCGGGUUCGAACCCCCUUUACGGAUGAGACCGUAUAAACGGAGGUCCCGAGUCGCAUUAGGUGCUGACGCAAAAAGAUUCCUCACUACUCAAAGGCCCUAAGUGCCGAGUACUGAUCUAACUUUGCAGCCCUCCACUUGCAAGUGGUGGCGCCUCGACAUGAGUGAAAAAUUCUAGAAAGGACGUUAAACAAAUAGACCAGAUUUGAGGGGAGUAGGCAUCUGCGGAUGCAUACUUCCAGAUUUGCGUCGUAUGUUGCAUUUGACCUACGUUUUUCCUAUGAGUGAGCAUUAACCCUACCUGAACACAAACUAAUAUUGAUGAUGAAUUGAGGGAUGUACAUUAUCCGUUCUGCUUCAGAUGCUGGAUUUGACCUACAUUGUCUAGAAGAGUGAAUAUUACCAUACUAGCAUGAAUGAUGUAUAUCGGAAUGGACACUAUAAGUCUUGUUUUGGAUGCUGGAUCUGGCUGGAUCUGGCCUAUGAGUGAACAGGUUUAAGUUUUUGGAGCUGGUCCAUUCUCAAAAAAAAGUCCCACCUGUACUUAAAUCAAAAUUGCAUGGAUAUUGAUCUUGGGAUGCAUAUUAACAAGAAAAAAAUAGGUGUGAGAUUUGCCUUUGUUGUAGAUUACAUUCCUCCAGAAGAGCUCCGUAAUCAUUAAUUACCUAUAAGUAUGUUUCUAUUUCUUGUAUUGCUCAUUCUUAUACAUUCUACGUGGGAUA